UGUUAUAACUUUUCUCAUGCCAUUGCCCCUCCAUGACCAACCAAGAGCUAAUCCAUACUCUACGCUAGAAAUUCAGCUAUUAAAAACCUUCAACAAACCUUCAAUUAGUCUUCCAUCUUCUUAUUUUCACUCUUUUCCUUCUUCUAUCUUCGUAAACAUGAGCAGUGAAACACCAGUGCCCGCAAAACUAGCCAUCCCAUGGAGGACACGACUGGUCCUUACAAUGAUCUCAGCGGCAACAGAUCUGUCACGACGUUCAAACGGCACCAUAAACAGACGUUUGCUUAAUCUCCUUGACUUCAAGUCCUCUCCUUCCCCUAAAAAACCCAUUCGCUCCAUCAUCUCUUCUGAUAUCACCGUGGACCCCACCAGCAACCUCUGGUUCCGCCUCUACACCCCGGAAAAUAGCGGGGUUGACGGUACCGACACUGCCUCUUUGCCUGUUGUGGUAUUUUUUCAUGGAGGUGGGUUUUCUUUCCUAAGUGCCGCGACAAGUUCGUACGACGCCGUUUGUCGCAGGUUUGCACGUAUAUUUCCUGCUAUUGUUCUUUCAGUUAAUUACCGUCUUACGCCAGAACAUCGAUUUCCCUGUCAAUACGAUGAUGGUUUUGAGGUGCUUCGGUUCCUAGACAACGAUCGAGCCAGUGGGUUACUGCCACCUAAUGCAGACUUGUCUAAGUGUUUUCUGGUUGGAGAUAGUGCCGGGGCAAAUUUGGCCCAUCACGUUGCGGUUCGGGCUUGUCGGGCUGGGUUUCAGAAUGUUAAGGUAAUUGGACUGGUUUCCAUUCAGCCGUAUUUUGGCGGGCAAGAGAGGACCGAGUCGGAACUCCAACUGGUUGGAUACCCGUUCGUGACUGUGGAACGAACCGAUUGGUGCUGGAGAGUGUUUUUGCCUGACGGAUCGGACCGGGAUCACUAUGCAGUGAAUGUGAGCGGACCGAAUGCCGAGAACAUCUCGGAUUUGGAUUUUCCGGAUACAAUUGUGAUUGUUGGUGGGUUCGACCCGUUAAAAGAUUGGCAAAGGAGGUAUUAUGAGUGGUUAAAGAGAUCCGGGAAAGAGGCUACCUUAAUUGAGUAUUCAAAUAUGUUUCACGCCUUUUAUAUCUUCCCGGAGCUGCCCGAGUCUUCAAAAUUAUUCUCGGAGGUCAAAGAAUUUGUUGCCAGGAGACUGUCUAAGCUAUAAGCCUAUAAGGAAAACAAUCGUACGCCCGCCCUCCAUGAAUCGAAAGCACUGCAUUCUUAGUUUUUGGGGUCAUUGUCAUUGGGCAGAUGCAUCGCGAGGUGCUAAAAUGCCUAGGAAUUCCAUCAUUAUGCACAGUUACUGCGGGUUCAUAUGGGACUUCGUGGCUUUUAUGUUGAGAUUUUUUGUUUUAAAGUAAUAGCAAGUUGUCGUUUGGAUUUUCGAAAAAGGGCAAAAUAUCACAUGUCUGCACUAGCUAGCUAGUAUCUCUGUGCUACCUCUUGUAUCUUUCGGGGACAUCUUGCCCAACCGUGGGGGAAAAGAAGAUGAUAGCAAUGUCAAUGUAACACUUUUAUUACUCUAUAAUAAAAGAGGGCAGGCUUUCAAUGUG